GAAACAGACACAAUGCCUGGCUGAUUUCCUUGGGCAGUGAUUUUUACAAUAUGACUUCAUAACAGUUAUUUGUCUUGUUUUGAACAUGUUCAAACGCAACUUUCAAACACUCCCAGAAAGGUUUUGGGAUGUAUAAAGCCAGCGGAGAUGCAGUCCUGAUGUACUGUUAUAAUCUGACAGUAAACCUGCAUUUUUUUAUAUCCACACGUUGCGAAAUGUAAAAGGACAAUGUCCGCUCUCAGAGGCUGGAUUGCACAACCCUCCUGUUUAAAAGAGAGGGCUUAGACAAAGCGCGUGCGAAGUGCACUGUGGCUGAACCUGCAACCAUGAGGACGCCGUCUGUACUUCUCUGGAGUUUAUUAGGAGCUCAUUUGAUCAUCUCAGCGAUAGCCAACGACGCAGGCCCAGUUGUACAGACUAAAUAUGGAGCUCUUAAAGGUGAGUACUUAAGAGCUAAAGGGAAGGACACGGUCGUUCACACUUACCUGGGCGUGCCGUUUGCCAAGCCACCUGUGGGACCUUUGAGACUCUCUGCCCCACAACCUGCAGAAAAAUGGCAAGGAGUUCGAGACGCCACAAAGCAGCCAUACAUGUGUGUGCACAACCCAGAACUGACUAGGAAAUUCUUGAAAGAUAUUUCCUUGACCUUGGAAGUUCCUGAAGUGUCAGAGGACUGCCUUUAUCUCAACAUUUACACGCCUGCUAAACCAAGCGAAGAAGCCAAACUACCUGUUAUGGUUUGGAUACAUGGCGGAGGCUUCACCAUGGGUUCUGCUUCCGUAUAUGAUGGACAUGCCCUGGCAGCCUAUCAGAAUGUGGUUGUUGUGCUAAUCCAGUACAGACUUGGAUUACUUGGAUUUUUCAGCACAGGGGAUGAACAUGCUUCAGGUAACUAUGGCCUUCUGGAUCAGGUGGCAGCUCUUCAGUGGGUUCAGGAGAACAUCCACAGCUUUGGAGGUGAUCCUGGAUUAGUCACCAUCUUUGGACAAUCUGCUGGAGGAGUCAGUGUGUCUUACCAUAUAUUGUCACCAAUGUCUGCCGGUCUCUUCCGCUACGCCAUAGCAGAGAGUGGGACUGCUGCAAUGGAGGCUGUUUUUACUACCAAUCCUUUAUCAUCAGCUCAGUCUGUGGCUAAUGAGUCUGGCUGUGACACAUCCAGCACAAAGCAGAUUGUUGAUUGUAUUAAGCAGCUGUCAGAAGAGGAUCUUUUCAACAUUGCCACAAAGGAUGCACUGAUGUUCAAAGUGACAAAGGAUGGACGAUUUUUACCCAAAUCUGUGGAUGAACUUCUUCAGGACAAAGAUUUUAGCAAAGUUCCUUUUAUUACAGGGGUGACUGAUGAUGAAGGCGGCUUUGCACUCAUUAAUUUCUUUCUUCCUGAAACGUGGACAGAAGGUGUGGACAGAGAGCAAGUUUUGCAAAUGAUGCAUUUCUCUUUUCCUGAUCCCAGUGAUAAAUGGCUUCAUGAAAUCGUGAUGAAUGAGUACCUGGGAACCACGAACGAGCCGAUUAAAAUCCGUGAUGGGUUAAGGGAGAUAUAUGGAGACUUUUUGUUUAACAUUCCUGCUCUUAUAAAGGCAAAACACCACAAAGAUUCUGGAGCACCAGUUUACAUGUAUGAAUUCCAGUACACUUUUAAUGAGCUCCGCAAAAAGAGGCCAAGCUUUGCAGGAAGUGACCAUGGAGAUGAAGUCUUCUUUGUUUUUGGUGCAUGUUUUUUAAAUGGCCACAUUCAGAUAGAAGGUCAGUUCACAGAGGAAGAGAAUAAACUAUGUAGAACUGUAAUGGCUUACUGGGGAAACUUUGCUCGCACUGGAUCUCCAAAUGGACCAGGCCUGACCCCAUGGCCGGAGUUUGGAGCCGAGGCUGAGUACCUGGGCAUCAACUUGGAGCAAAAGCCUGGAAAGAACUUGAAGGAAAAGCACUAUGCAUUUAUGACCCAGACUUUGUCACAGUUGAGACAAGAGAAAAAAGAUGGCCCAGUUGUGCAGACUAAGUAUGGAGCUUUAAAGGGUGAGCUUGUGACAGCUAUAGGGAAGAACACAGUUGUAUACAGCUACCUGGGUGUACCAUUUGCAAAGCCACCAGUGGGACCUUUAAGAUUCACUGCACCUCAACCUGCAGAGGAAUGGAAAGGAGUAAGAGAUGCUACAAAACAGCCCUUCAUGUGUAUACAAAACAGGGAUGGAAUCACUGAGCUCUUUAAAAACGUAUCAAUCAGUCUGGAAAUUCCUGAAGUGUCAGAAGACUGCCUCUACCUUAACAUUUACACUACAGCAAAACCUGGUAAAGAUGCCAAACUACCUGUCAUGGUUUGGAUUCACGGUGGAGGAUUCAGCCUCGGUUCCGCAUCAGGCUACGAUGGAUCAAUUUUGUCUGCCUACCAGAAUGUAGUUGUUGUGCUUAUCCAGUAUAGGCUGGGCCUGUUUGGAUUCUUUAGUACAGGGGAUGAACAUGCACCAGGAAACUAUGGCCUUUUGGAUCAGGUAGAGGCUCUUCGAUGGGUUCAAGAGAACAUCCACAGCUUCGGGGGUGAUCCAGCAUCAGUCACCAUCUUUGGAGAAUCUGCAGGAGGAGCCAGUGUGUCUUUUUUGCUUCUCUCUCCGUUGUCUGCUGGACUGUUCCAUCGUGCAAUAGCAGAAAGUGGCACUGCAUUAAUGAAGGAGAUUGUGGGAGAUCCCUUACCAACAGCCCAGCUAGUGGCUAACAGCUCAGGAUGUGACAUCAGUAGCACACAAAAAAUUGCUGAGUGCGUAAAGAGUUGGUCAACAGAAGAUGUGAUAACACUUUCUAAACAGAGAAUGUUUCUACAAUUUGUAGUGACUGUAGAUAAGAUAUUUCUUCCCAAGCCUGUGGAGGAACUCUUUCAGAACCAGGAGUUUCACAAAGUACCACUCAUUACUGGUAUAACCAAUGACGAGUUUGGUUGGAUGCUGCCUCGUCAACUUGCACCUUCAGGAUGGAAUAAUGGGAUGGAUAAAGAGCAAGUACUCUUAUCCAUGGCUGUUUUUAAUCCUGAGCCCCACAAUGAGUGGAUUAAUAAAUUAGUGCUAGAGGAGUAUGUUGGUUCUUUUGAUGACCCAAUCAAAAUUCGUGAUGGUUACAAAGAGAUGAUGGCAGAUAUGAUCUUUAACAUUCCAGCUCUGGCAUUGGCUAAAGCUCAUAAAGCUGCUGGUGCUCCAGUUUAUCUGUAUGAGUUCCAGCACCCACCCAGCAUUGUUCAGGUUAACAGGCCCAACUUUGUGGGAGCUGAUCAUGGAGAUGAACUCGCCUUCAUUUUUGGCCUGUGCUUUGGGAAUGCCCAUGUGAAGGCAACUGUUCCAUUCACAAAGAAAGAAAAUGAACUCUGUAGGACAGUGAUGGCCUACUGGGGUAACUUUGCUCGCACUGGGUCUCCAAAUGGUCCAGGCCUGACACUAUGGCCUGAGUUUGGAGCUGAAGCAGAGUAUCUGGGCAUCGGCCUUGAGCAGAAACCCGGAAAGAACCUUAAGUCUAAGCAUUACACAUUUAUGACCGAGGAGCUUCCAGAGUUGGUGGCUGCAGCUCAGGAGAAGCGUGAGCGCACUGAGCUGUAGACACUGAAUUAGGCUCUGUAUGUAACUAUGUCUCUCAAAGGUUUAUCCUGUGAGGCAACCAUUUAAGGUGUCUAUAAAUGUAGUCUUUCCUUUUUUGAAUAGGAACUAUGCCAUCUAGAACCACUAAUCAUCCAAAUAACACUUGAAGACCAAACUCUUGAUAUAAAUUAGGUAAAAGCUCACAUUUAGAACCGGUCUUACAGUGAAAUAGUCUUACAAUUGUAGUUUUUAUUUAAUUGUAUAUUAUCAUCAAGAAUCAUCAAGAGGCAUUCUCUUCAUUAGCUAAAGAACAAAGAUCUCACUUGCCAUUAUUCAUAAUGUUUAGUGACAUUGCAUCAUGUGUGUAAAACUGAAAAUCUAAUUCAUUAAAUUGUGUACUGGAAGAUUGUUUCAAAUUAAAAAAGUAUAUUUUUAA